AUGAAGGUCUUUUCGUCCGCCUGCACCUUCGACUACUCCUGGGAUGAGGUGUCCACGGCCAACUGGCGCAAGUAUUGCCCGUGGAACGACAAGGUCACCCAUGUCGUUGGUGUCGACACCCUCUCUCGCACCGUCGAUCCCUCGACCGGAAUUUUGCGAACCGAACGUCUGAUCACCUGCAAUCAAUCAGUUCCUCAGUGGGUUCUGACUCUGCUCGGCGGCACAACCACCUCCCACGUCUACGAAGUAUCCUACGUCGACCCCGUUUCCAAGAAGGUCACCAUGUGCUCCAACAACCUCACCUGGUCCAACGUCCUUAACGUCCGUGAGACCGUCACCUACCAGCCGUCGUCGAUCGAUCCGUCCGCCACCACCCAGUUCACUCAGGAGGCCAAGAUUACCGCCCUCUGCGGUGGAUGGCAGAAAAUUAAGAACAAGGUCGAGGAGGCUAGCGUGGAGCGAUUCCGUGAGAACGCCAAGAUCGGUCGUGAGGGCUUUGAGACUGUCCUCGAGAUGAGCCGCCGAGUCUUUGGCGAGCAGCGCGAUCUCGAGAAACAGAAGCUGUAA